AUGUCGAUGACGACCUCACGCGAGCGGAAUGUGCCGCCGGACGACAAUGAGAUUGAGCUCGGACGUUCUCGUCACAGCGACGUAGCGCCGGAGUCUGAGUCACCACAAGCCCACCUGCUCAAUUCAGAUGUCGCUUCCGUCACAAAGAAUUUUAUGCGCAACGCAAGCCAUGCGACUGCGAAUUCUGGAGCUAUUGCUGCUGUGCUCAGCUACUGCAUUGCUAGCAUCUCGAUGACUGUGAUUAAUAAAUUUACCGUGUCGGGGGAAAAGUUCACAAUGAACUUACUUGUUUUGUUGUGCCAGUGUUCUGUGGGUGUUGCGAUGGUGUAUGCGGCAAAAUGCAUGGGCUGGAUCCAGAUUCGCACACUCAACAUGCGCGAUGUGAAGACAUGGUUCCCUAUCUCGACGAUGCUCGUGUUUGUGAUCUACACAGGUAGCAAGGCUCUACAGCACAUGGAUAUUCCUAUCUAUACGAUUUUCAAGAACUUGACGAUUAUUUUGAUCGCAUACGGUGAAUUGCUUUGGUUUAAUGGUCGUAUCACACCUAUGGUGUUUUUGUCGUUUAUCCUGAUGGUUCUUUCGUCCAUUAUUGCCGCAUGGCCUGACUUGGCUCCCUCGACGGCCAAGACGUUGUAUUCGCGUGCAUUCGAGUCCCUCAAUCUCUAUACAGGUGUGCCACAUGCUACGGAAGGCUGGGGCGAGGGCGUCCGCACAGAAGCAGCGUCCGCCAUGCAUCCACACACCGCGUUGUCUCCCUUGUCUGUCAAGCCUUAUGUGGGCGCAGCCACGCCUUUGGCUGCCGCUGUGGCGCAGCAAAAUUCGGAGGCAGCUGCGUCCUCGUCAACACUAUCCAGCUGGUCCACGAACGGCUACGUUUGGAUGCUGGCAAAUUGCAUGAUUAGUGCGACUUAUGUACUGGUUAUGCGCAAGCGCAUCAAGCUGACGGGCUUCAAAGAUUGGGAUACCAUGUUCUACAACAACUUGCUAUCGAUCCCCGUCCUGUUGUUUAUGUCGCUUCUUGUCGAGAACUGGAGUGUCGAGACGUUUGAGCACAACUUUCCUCGCGAAAAGCGUUCGACACUUGUUUUUGCCAUCUUGCUCUCUGGCACAGGAGGCGUAUUUAUUAGUUACACAACGGCUUGGUGCAUCCGUGUGACAAGCAGCACAACCUACAGCAUGGUUGGUGCGUUAAAUAAAUUGCCUCUUGCUCUAAGUGGAAUGCUCUUCUUUGGCAACCCUGUGACACCUUAUAACUCCAUCGGUGUCGCGGUCGGCUUUAUCGCCGGUAUUGUUUACGCCGUUGGAAAGUACAAGCAGGUUGUAGCUGCGCGUAUUGCUAAUUCAGAUGCGACAGGUGCCUCGACAUCAUUGUCGUCAUCGUCAUCUGCUGCCCCCAGCGGCGAAUACGUCUUUGACCUUAAAGGAGAAAUACCUACACAUACGCGACAACAGUAA